AUGUCGAAUAAUCUACUAAAUGUACCUUUGAAGCAAUCAAAACCUAUCAAUUUGGGUCAAGAAUUAACAGAGGUUAUAAAAUCUCAGUUUUUUCAACCCGCUUCAAAUUUUGAGAACGAUUUACAACAGUUAACAAACCUUAGAGAUUCAAUAACGGAGAUCAGUAAUGGCUCAAUUGCUACUACAACAUCAAUUGAUCAAUUAUUUGAAUAUUAUUCACUUUUGAAGAUCAUAGACUCAAAAUUCCCCAAGGAUUCAAUUGAAUUUAGUUGGUAUAUCACACUAUACAAUUCACCAAUUGGACCAAUUGGUAUGAGAUCUUUCAAAUAUGAAGAAUUAAAUAUUAUAUUUCAAAUAGGAGCAAUAUAUUCACAACUAGCCCUUAGUGAAUCAAGACAUUUGGAUGAAGGAUUAAAAAAGUCUUGUCAAUAUUUUCAAAUAUCAGCUGGAUGUUUCCAAUUAAUCAAAACUUUAGUUACUCAAAUAAAUUCAAAUCCAAAUUCCCAUAUUGAAUUUCCUGGAGAUUUACAGAAUCUGACUACAUUAUGUUUAAUAGAAUUAAUGUUGGCACAAGCACAAGAAACGAUAUGGCAAAAAGCCAUAAAUUCAGAAACUACAAAAGAUUCAAUAAUCGCAAGAUUGUCAUUACAAACUUCACAAUAUUAUGAAGAAGCAUUAAAAUACGCUAAAUUAUCAGAUUAUAUCAAAUUAGAAUGGAUAAACCAUAUAACUGUAAAAUAUUAUCAUUUUUUAGCUGCUGCUCAUUAUAGAAGUAGUAUAGUUGCAUUAGAUUCUUUCCAAUAUGGUGAACAAGUAGCUCAUUUACGUAUUGCCUCAAAUGCUAUAAAUCAAGCUUUGAAAUAUAAAAAAUAUGUUAAUAAUUUUGUUAUUGAAGAUUUAUUGGGGUUAUUUGAGAUUGUUAAAACUAAACUAAGAACAUCUGAAAAGGAUAAUGAUUUAAUUUAUUUGAAGCUUGUGCCUAAAGAGAAUGAUUUGAAACCUAUUAUUGGAGUAUCAAUGGUAAAACCUAUAGAAUUGGAGAAAUUCCAAGAAGUACCGUCAAAUGAUAAAUUAUUUAAAGAUUUGUUACCUUAUGUUAUAAUACAUUUUGCUCAAGCAAUGAGAGAAAGACAAGAUGAUUACAUAAAAGAUAAAAUUUUUGAACCCAUACAAGCUCUCGAUCAUAUAAUAACCAAAUUCUUAAAUGAAAGAAAUUUACCAGCAAGUAUAGAUGCAUUACAACAACCUGAAAAUAUUCCCGAUGCAAUAAUAAAUCAUUCAAGAGAAAUAAUGAAUUCUGGUGGAAUAAAAAUUAUAGAAAAUUUAUUAAAAGAUAUUGCAAGAUUAUCAUCUCAAUGUAAUCAUUUAGUUAGUGAAUGUCAAAAUAGAAUAGAUAUGGAUAGACAUGAAGAUCAAAUGUUGAGAGAAAAACAAGGCACUUCAAGAUGGAAUAGAGCCAAUACCGAAAAAUCAGCGUCAGUACUAAUAGCUAAAAUUAAACGUAUGAAUGAGUACCUCGAACAAGCUAAAAAUGGAGAUGAUGUAAUAAUCAAUAGAUUUUAUGAAAUUAGAGGAGUUUUGGAAGUUUAUAUGGGUGGAUUUGCUUCAUUGAAUAAAUACAUUCCAAACUCAAACUAUAUCAAAUUAGACAAAAACAUUGCGAUUAUAGUUACUGACUUGAGAGAUUUAUUAAGUCAAAUUACAUCACUAAGAACAAAUAGACAAAAGUUUUUACAAUCUAUUGAAAUAAAAAGUAGAGAUAACAACAUUUUACCAAAAUUAAUUGAUGAAUACAAAAGAAAUAAAAAACAAUUAUAUGACGAUCAAGGAAACUUCAAACCAACAAAAUUUGAAUUGAUCUAUGAAGACCAUAUUAAACUAUUCAAUCCCGAACUAUCUUAUAUCAACACAACAAAACAAGAUCAACAAUCAUUAGAGAGUCAAAUUGAUUCAACCAACAAAAAUUUCGUUCAAGAAUAUACAACAAAUAUAAACUCCACUCUUAGGAAAAGACAAGAUUCAUUACAAAAUUUAGAUACAGCAUAUAUCAAAUAUAACGAAAUCAUAACUAACUUAGAUGAAGGUUUAAAAUUUUAUAAUGAUUUUAUAUCAAAAGGUCAUAACGUAUUAAAUGAGUGUCAAGAAUUUUUAAACAAAAGAAGAAUUGAAAGUAGAGAUUUAGAGAUUGAGAUUCAAAGAAAUUAUCAGCUACAACAAGAGGAACAACAAAUAGCUAGUAAUAAUAAUUUAACUCAAUCUGUUCCAUUGGUAUCUCCAAGAUCUCAAAAAUCAAAUGUUUGGGAUCCAAAUUCUAAUAUUAAAUUUGGUUGA